GAGAGACAGAGAGACACUGACCGGCCUGGUGUCCUCUGAGUUCAGAUAUUUGACCACAUAGAAGCAGAAUGAGCAGCAUGUUGCAGGGGAAUGAGUCGCAGCUCCACCUCCACCUGUCGGAGUACAGCUUCGAGCGGCGGUUUGAUGAGAGAGGAGCGAUGGAGUGGAUGCAGGCUAACUGGAGUAAGUCUUUUGUGUUCAGCGCUCUUUACGCCGCCCUGGUGUUCGGAGGUCAGCACUACAUGAAGCCUCGGCCCAAAAUGAACCUGCGGCGGCCGCUCGUCCUCUGGUCCCUCAGCCUCGCUGUCUUCAGUAUCAUCGGUGCGAUUCGAACCGGCUGCUACAUGUUUCACAUCCUGAGCAGCAGCGGCUUCAGACAGUCCAUCUGUGACCAGAGCUUCUACAACGGACCCGUCAGCAAGUUCUGGGCGUACGCCUUCGUCCUGAGCAAAGCUCCAGAGCUCGGCGACACGGCGUUCAUCGUGCUGAGGAAGCAGAAGCUGCUCUUCCUGCACUGGUACCACCACAUCACCGUGCUGCUCUACUCCUGGUACUCCUACAAGGACAUGGUGGCCGGCGGCGGCUGGUUCAUGACCAUGAACUACGCCGUGCACGCGCUCAUGUACAGCUACUACGCCGCGCGUGCGGCCGGCCUGCGCGUGCCGCGGCCCUUCGCCGUGGUCAUCACCACCGCUCAGAUCAGUCAGAUGGCCAUGGGGCUGACGGUGAGCGGGCUGGUGUACCGCUGGAUGCAGCACGGAGACUGCCCCUCCCGCCUCGACAACAUCACCUGGGCGGCGCUCAUGUACCUCAGCUACCUGCUGCUCUUCUCCAACUUCUUCUACCAGACGUACCUGCGCCGCUGCAACGACGGCAAGACCGCCAAGAUGGAGUAGAGACUUUUUGAGUUUUGAGUUCAGGUUUGGAUGCAGCAGAACUCAAGCUGAGCAGUUUAAGGUCAACGUGCUCUGUUGGAAAUGAGAUGAUCGGUAAAAGACUGCAGACGCUCCAGAGCUGUGAAUCAGUGUUCCUGAAAACGUGCCUUUCAAUGAUUUUCUCCCCACGUCAUUAAUUCAACUCAAAUGUAACUGACAGAACAGACAGAGUGCUGCGUUCAGGUGUCACCUCGUCAGUCUGGAAGUUUCUGACACACCCGUCACAUUCCAGCAGAACGCUCCCAUCCUGCUCGCACUGGUUUAACUGGUUUCACCUCGAGACGCCUCAACAGUCUGUGAGCCAAUCAGGAGGCACAAACACCGAUGGUCCGUUUUUACAUGAAAUGACUCAAAGCUUCACUUUUUCCUCCUGGUAGACUGAACGAGCCAUCAGGUGUUUCAAUAAAAUCAAAGCUCUGCUUCUGUCGGCGUCCAGACGUCCCGACGCUUCCUCCUCUGGUGCUUCAGAUGUCAGAUGACGACAUCAUGACGACAUUUUAUCAGAUUUUAUCGAUUGAUCGUUCAGCUUCUAAAACGUCCAAAUGUCUGAGUUCUCAGACGUCUUUGAACGUCUCGUUUGGUUCAGCUUCAGUUCUGUGAUGGAGAACAGAGAGAACCUGAAAGUGUUUAACUUGAUGACAUUAAUCUCUGAUGAACCGUUAAAAUCUCUGAUUGUUCUCCUGCAGUCACAUGAGAAGUUCCUGCUGAAGAAAACGCAGAUCUGAGACCAGUUUCUACCCAGACACAGUAACACACCUCAGUGUUUCCACACAUGAAAACAUUUAAAUUAGAUGCAGAGAAGCAGUAUCUUUGUAUUUAUUAGUAUUUAUUUGACGUAUGAUGGCGGCCGAUCGGCGGCUGGAAGAGUCUCCAAACACUCGUCGUUUCACGUCCACUAAAUGUUUGACUUUCAAAUUGAAAUGACGUCCUGUCAAUCACACGGUGAAUAUUUAUGAUUUAUUGUUUGUUGUGAAUUUUGACCGUUUGUCCUCACAAACCUGUUUCCUCUGCAGCUGUUCAUCCAUCAUUAUUAUUAUUAUUAUUAUUAUUUUUUUAUUCUAUUGAAGUGUGAAAGUUUGAGUUUUAAAGGAAACAGCAGAAACUUUGUGAACUUUAUGAUUCUGCUGCUGAUGAAUGAAUGAGAACACGUGAAGAUCUUCAAGUCAAAUCUUUUUAUUUGUUGAAAAAAUACAAUAAAGAAGCUGUUUA